AUGAAGCAUCUGCAUGGCGGCGUACAGCUGUCGCAUACUAUAAGCCAGACUGCAUUUCGUGGCAAGCAGGCAGAUGGUGAUGCCAAUCUAUCAGAAGCUCAGACCCUCCUUCACCAUAUCGCAAGCCAGAUUCGGCGCCUCGACAUGCAGGCCGUCUUGUUUCUGGUCGACUGGAGUCCAACUGAAACCGAAACCCAAACGACAACCACGUAUCAUUACCCGUCUCCCGAUGACGCCUUUAAGUCACUUGACCAUGCCGCUGACCAGCUCCAGACACUCGUGGCUCGUGUGAUGGGGUUGCGCAACACAGCGGAGCAAAUGCUGCCAACUGCGAAGACAUUGCCGCCGCCGCCCCCUUUGCACUCCAAGGUCGUCUUACUCGGUCAGUUGAAAACAUGGACUAGACUGUUUGAGAACAUGUUGCGAAGAGAACAAGUUGGCGGUGAUUUUUAUAAAUCAGAUCUUGGCAACAACCCGGUUGAGACCCUGCUCCGCGCACAGCAUAAAACCGCAUGGAUCUUCCUCAAUAGCUACGGGCCUGGUAGAGAACUGGAGUAUGAUGCUUACCUACCGCACUUUCAGCAAUGCGUGGCAUGGGCGGACGAGGUGGCCGCAGCGCAUCAACGGUACUCCGGGCCGUCGAGCCCGACUUUUACCCCAGAGAUUGGAAUACUCCCGGUGCUUUACAUCAUCGGGGCCAAAUGCCGCCACCCUGCGGUCCGUCGCGAGGCUCUUCGGAUCCUGCUGCGCCAGCCGAUACGGGAGGCUGUCUGGGACAGUGUCUGGACAGCCCAGGUGCUAGAGCGAGUAAUUGAGAUUGAAGAAGGCAGAUUCGAGGAUGGCACAGCAGCAAAAAGCGCGGACCAGAUUCCGGCCUGGCGCAGGAUCGAAGCUUUGUCUUGGGUACAUGUCGACAGAGACUUUGCGCCGAGGCUGGAUAUGACUUAUACAUUCUGCGCACAAGAGGGUGUACACAGUGAGUCCCUCAUACUGUAA